AGUUCUUGUUGGCGGUUGUUCACUUUUGUAUUUUCUUAUGGGAACACAGCAACCUGUCAACACUGUCGAUAUCCCUUACCACCGAGCUCUGUCGGAGAAGUCCAGCGACUCCUUCAUGACGCGAAUGCGCAGGGCCUUCAAAAAGGCAUUUUCGAAUGGGCCUGAGAGCCCAACGCCUCGACCAGAGCAGCCGGCUCACCUCGAGAGUGACAAUAACGGCAAUCUCACCUGCUACCGCCUACCGUAUGCGCAACGUUCGUUAAUGGCUGGUCGGCAGGAUGAAGAAGGGGACAGUAUGGGCUCUAACUCCACCGAUGCUCCUGAGGAUCGUACAGUGGCUACAAUGGUGGCAUUACAUCGGACAAUUCCUGAGUCCGGUAGCCGGUGUAGUAGCCAUAAACCACCAGUUUGGACGUCCUCCCGACCGCCACCCGCUCCUCUAAGAAGUCAGCCAUGCACUAUCUCACAUAAUAACAAUCCUUCCUACGCUGCCCGUUCCAAUACAAGGGCAGUUUUCUCCGACGGUUCUCGGAACCCGUUCGUGGACGACGACUGGUGUCCUCGUGGGUUGGAGGGCAUGCCUGGCAAAGGCGCAUUGAUUCCCAAGGGAGGAGGAGGAGAAUUUCGAUCUGCCCGGAAGCCAGCGUCUUUGAACGCCGGCGAUGUUGUUGCACGCAUGCGCAUGCUUGGCGAGAAGUGUAAGAAUGAUUCUGGUCAGCACAAGUUGAGUCGAGACCCCGUGAGUGGGAAGAAGUUGUUAGUUUUACGGUAGAGCGUUCAACAGCCGCCGCCGUUAACGGCCUUUUCGCAUCACAUUUGUGUAUAAUAUUGAUGAUCCCGACAAGCUGGAGCUCUCGCAAUCGUCGUUGUCGUUGCAGGAUGAUGAAGAUUAUGGCGGAGUUUCUUACAUGAUGGGAUUUAAGUCUUAUAUAACGUCAGCACUCUUGCCAUAC